AUGCAGCUGGAGGACUGGUUGGAUGACCUUUGUGUCCGAUUCAUCAUAAACCUUCCCCCCGAGGAGCUCGAGUCCGUGGAGCGCAUUUGCUUCCAAGUCGAGGAGGCACAAUGGUUCUACGAAGACUUCAUCCGGCCCCUUGACCCGUCCCUACCCUCUCUUUCCCUUCGUGCUUUCAGUCUACGCAUCUUCCAGCACUGUCCACUUUUCUCGCAAUGGUCUGCGCAGCAUCACACCACCGCUUUCGCCGAGUUCCUGGCAUAUAAAUCCCGUGUUCCCGUCCGAGGGGCCAUCCUGUUGAAUGAGGCGAUGGAUGAGGUCGUCCUUGUCAAAGGCUGGAAAAAAGGCGCAAAUUGGAGCUUCCCUCGAGGGAAGAUCAACAAGGAUGAGGAUGAUCUUGAUUGUGCAGUGCGAGAAGUCUACGAAGAGACGGGUUUCGAUGUUCGCGAGGCUGGACUCGUCAAAGAUGAGAAAGACAUGAAGUAUAUCGAAGUUACCAUGAGAGAACAGCACAUGAGACUCUAUGUAUUCCGUGGAGUGCCCAGAAACGCGCAUUUUGAACCCAGGACACGAAAGGAGAUCAGCAAAAUUGAGUGGUACAAGUUGACAGAUUUGCCCACCUUGAAGAAGAAUAAUCAUCGACAACACGAGGCCAGCGGCACGGACCACGCAUCCAUCAACUCGAACAAGUUCUAUAUGGUGGCGCCGUUUUUGAAUCCACUCAAGAAAUGGAUCGCUCAGCAACGGAAGAAGGAAAACCGGUAUAGCUCGCAUCUUGCAGCGCCUCCCAUGGUGCCAGAGGACGUGACCACCGAGGAUGAGCAAGACGGCGUCGGGGCGCGGCUUGGAGAGACGUUGCCGCCGACUGUCAGCGACCUACCUGAAGUCUCCAAUUCUAGUGCGAUUGACCCAAGUUCACAUCUUAAGGAGCUGCUGAAUAUUGGCAUGCAAGCUGUCCCGCCUCAAGCGGCGUUGCCACCAAGUCAUAUGCCGCAGGUUGACACCGAGAUGUCGAACGCUCUUCUGGCUCUUCUACGGGCGCCACGGGGAGACUUACAGGAUCAGUCUGCCGCCGUCCCCCAGACUCCACUAGAACAGAUCUCGUUGCCGCCCGAGGUUCAAAGGUCGCCGCACAUCUCCCAUGUACGGCAGCCUCAAAUUGAUCACGCCCAGCCACCGCCUCCAUUUCAACCGCAACUCCAAGACCAAGUCCUCCUUCCUACACAGGCACCCUACCAAAGAUCAAAAGAUUCAAACAUCACCUCAAAUGCCGCAACUUAUCCCGCCCAUAAUGCCCCUCGCGUUACACCAUUCCAAAGGACCACCGAACCGUUGUUUGCAUCUGAAGAAGCGAUACAGCAACGACCGACCGUACCUCCAGCUAGUGCAUUGCCCAAGCUGACCAACCACACAAAAGCGCUAUUGGAUGUUUUCAGGGGAGCGACAGGCACAACAACUCAGCCGUUGCCCCAUUUUGAGAUGUCUCCCCCAAAUACCUUGCGCCAGAAUGAAGCAUUGCACCCUCCCCAAGCACAAAGACAGACCCUACCAACUGGCACCCUUGCGUUCAAAGCUGAUCACGCUGUCCAAGGAAUUGGCAAAGGUUUAGCUACUUUGUCUUCCAACGUGCCCUUACAAUCGACCAUAAACGCGGACUUUGAAAGCCGGGUCUCUUCCUUGCGAUCGCCUAGACGACCCCAAAGCGCACAGCAGACCUCCCUUCUUCAGCUUUUUACUCAACCAUCUCCACCAAAACCCAUGGACAGCUCAACCGCUCGACCUCCACCACCGGUAGAGCUCGCAGCGACAGCUGCUGCCAUCUCGUCUCCAAAGCCGAAAGUCGACGAGGAUGACCUGCUCUCGUUGUUGAGGAAAGGUACUCGAGAAGCAUCGCGAAAAGCAGCUGAGAUCAAGCGGCCAUCUCCAAGAGAGGGUGAGACGUCUGCUACCGUCAGUGGCCCAUUGAAUCAACCCGAAUUCGAAGUAAUCUCUAGGGCGACCAGACAUGCGACGAACGAGAUGGGCCGAAGUCCGCUUACUGCCAAUAGGACGCUGUACGAUCCAAACCAACCAGCACCAGUCAAGAUUCUGAGCCGAUCAGAGGAGUCUCGUCCACAGCGUCCCCGGUCACCAAGAGGCCUCAAGUCAACCUCGAGGCGGACAGUGAGGGAAAAGACGACACCAAAGGAGCAAGGGAAGCCAUUCCAGCCUCAGAUUCUUCGUCGGCCUCAGACCAAUGACUCGACCAUGGCUGUCAGGCUCACCGCCACGAGCGAGACUACAAGUCAGCAGCCGAUUUCGACGGCCGCGGCUCCCUCGCCUCCUACCACGGCAGAUGCUGGUGAAAAAUCGACACCGAGCCGGAAGGCUUCUCAAACAGAGGCGCAGAAACAAACAUUGCUUUCUCUCUUUGGUGGAGGGCUGGACACUACGCCUCGGGCAACAACAUUACAACCUAGUUCGGGCAUAGUCUCUCCGCUAACGAACAGUCAAAUCUUCAAUGCCAAUGGCGAGGCACCGCUGUCCGGGAUUGAACCCAUUUCCACUCGGACAUCCCGUGUGGGGAGCAUGACAUCGAUCGUGAGUGGGCCAGGAACGGGGCGGGCGACGGGCGAAAAACGACAGACAGGCGCAGAGAACAAGGCAUUUCUUUUGGGGUAUUUGGGCAGAAUCGCGAGCCAGGAGCAAUGA